CUUCCUAGAACCAAACAAACCCACUCACUCUGUUUUCUCUGUUCAAACAGAGUUCACUUCACAUAAUAAUAAUAAUAACAACAACAUUUAACUUUCCUUCGUUUCUUCACUCUGUUUCCAUGCUUCCCAUAACACUGUUCUUCACACCAUCACGUUCCGUUGCCAUCGACAAGUUUCUAUUCCCCUUCCAGUGACUCUCUCUCUCUCUCUCUCUCUCUCUCACACACACACACACACACACAAACACACGUUGUUCUAUAAUGGACUCGUUCAGUUUCAACAACCUCCAAGCAGAGAAAGCCAACGCGAUUCUGAAACACCGGAAGCUCCAAAGGGUUGCAAGCUUGCUGCGAAUCCUGGAAGUGUGCGCUGUUUUGGUCUUGGUAUCGAGGGUCUCCAUGCAUCUACCAGUUGCACUCAGAAACUCCGGCGAGUACUUCAGAGACUUGUCUCUCUUCAUGCAUAGUCCUCGCUUCGUUUUCUUCGUCGGAAACGUCAUCAUCAUCACGCUCUUCGCGCAGUUCUCCGCUCAGGGCUCCGCCAGAAACCUUGGAGAACAGAACCUGUAUCAGGAGUUUGUCCACAACAGCGCAAAAGAUCAAAGGCACGUGGAAACGGUGGUGGUGGCAGAGUGCGGGAAAAAGAAACAGAGGAUGAAAACAGGGGAGAAGAAGGUUUAUAGAAGGUGUGAGACGGAAGUGGUGAGAGAGAAACGACGUCGUGUGCUGAGAAGGUGUGAGACUAAGAGGAUUGAAGGUGAAGAAGUGGUGAAAGUCUCGUGCCCUGAAGAUGGGAUGAGUAACGAGGAGUUUCGUCGCACUGUGGAGGCUUUCAUUGCAAGGCAACAGAGGAUUCGAAGGGAAGAAGAAAAUGAUUAUUAUUAUUAUUUAAUGUAAAAAACUGUAUUAUGUGUAAAGCAUGUAGAUAAAGUGUUGAAUGAAAAAAAUAAAAUGUAUGAAUGUGUAUGUGUGAACAAGGGUGCAAAUUGAG